AUGACGGCGGAGAAUUUAGUAAGCCCAGAGGGCUCCGCGGCCACAGAUGCAGUUUCGAUCCUUGACGGUAUCUGCCCGGAAACAGAGCGAUGUCCUCAUGGUGCACCGAAACACCCCGAGAACAAUCCCGAUAUUCCCUUCAAGUUCAGCGCUGAAAACGAGCCCGUUAUCGAUGAGAUCAUCAAGCGCUACCCUCCCCAGUACAAAAAGGCCGCCAUCAUGCCUUUGCUCGACCUCGGCCAGCGUCAGCACGGCUUCACCUCCAUUAGCGUCAUGAACGAAGUGGCCCGUCUCCUCGAGGUUCCUCCCAUGCGCGUUUACGAGGUCGCCUCGUUCUAUACCAUGUAUAACAGGACUCCUGUGGGCAAAUUCUUUGUUCAGGCGUGCACGACGACACCAUGCCAACUCGGUGGCUGCGGAAGCGAUGUUGUUGUCAAGGCUAUCAAGGAACACCUCGGAAUCGGAGAAGGUCAGACCACCCCCGACGGCCUCUUCACUUUCCUCGAAGUCGAGUGUCUUGGCGCCUGCGUCAACGCUCCGAUGAUCCAAAUCAACGACGACUACUACGAGGAUCUCACCCCCGAAUCCGUCGUAUCCCUCCUCGACUCGCUCCGCGAAAGCGCUACCGCCACCGGCUCUGGAGGCGCCUCCCCCAAGGUUCCCGCCCCCGGCCCCCUUAGCGGAAGGCAGACUUGCGAGAACAGCGCGGGACAGACGAAUCUCAACUCCCAGCCUUGGGGUAUCGAGACGACGCGGUCCGACCUGUAG